AUGGCGUCGCGGCGAGAGAGCGCCAUCUCCGUCGACAGCAUCGCUGCCGAGUCAUCCGCCAUCCCGCAGUCUGCACCGCCGGCUCCACUCUCCAAGCCUCUGCCGAAUCCGCACGCCGAUCCGCCUGCCGCACCAGCGCGCCCGCCUCCCAGCGCACCGCCAACAGGCGCCGCGCCGGCGUACCGAGCCGCGCCGCAGAGUGCCGUGUCUGCUCCGCACACAUUCGAUCCGGAUGCCCAGUACUCACUGGAAGAUUACGAGAUCCUCGAUACGCUUGGCACGGGCACCUUUGGCCGCGUGCAGCUCGUGCGCCUUAAGCACCUGCCGGCCAGCCGGCCGGACGCAUACUUCGCGAUGAAGAUCCUCGCCAAGUCCGAAGUGGUGCGGCUGAAGCAAGUCGAGCACAUCAACUCGGAGCGCGCAAUCCUGAGCGAGGUGCAGCACCCGUUCAUCGUCAAUCUGCGCCACACGCUGCAGGACAGCCGCAACGUGUACAUGAUCAUGGACUACGUGCCCGGCGGCGAGAUCUUCUCGCACCUGCGCCGCGCCGGACGCUUCCCGACGGACGUGACGCGCUUCUACAUCGCCACGCUCGUCCUCGCCAUCGACUACAUGCACCGCCAGAAGGUCAUCUACCGCGACCUGAAGCCCGAGAACCUGCUGCUCGACUCGCGCGGAUACACGAAGAUCACCGACUUCGGCUUCGCUAAGCACGUCGAGGGCCGCACCUGGACGCUCUGCGGCACGCCCGAGUACCUGGCGCCGGAGAUCAUCGAGUCGAAAGGCCACGGGCAGGCCGUCGACUGGUGGGCGCUCGGCAUUCUGGCGUACGAGAUGCUGGCUGGCUUCCCGCCGUACUUUGACGACCAUCCAUUCGGCACGUACGAGAAGAUCCUCAAGGGCAACCUUGCCUUUCCCUCGCACGUCGACUCGGUCUCGCGCGAUCUCAUCCGCAGCCUGCUCAACAAGGACGUCUCGAAGCGCCUCGGCAACCUGCGUGGCGGCGCCGAGGACGUCAAGAACCACUUCUGGUUCCACGGCGUCGACUGGCGGGCGCUCGAGGCGGGCCACCUGCAGGCUCCCAUCAUCCCGCGGCGAGGCGCGCCGGGCACGACGGAGAACUUCUCCAAGUACGCAGCGCCUGAAGCCAACUCGAUGCCCGGCCUCCGCGGCCGCGAGGCGGACGCUGCGGCGAUGGCCGCCGACCAGUACGCGCAUCUCUUCCGCGCCUUCUAG